AUGGAUGUGUCCGUGGUAGGUGUCCCAGUCGCUGCCGCUUGCCACUGCCACUGCUCGCCGUCUAGCACCUGUUACCGCUUAUGGCCCUCGAUUGGGGCUAAGGAGGCCCUCGUCUUACCCAUUGAUCUUUUCCUGAACGGAGGAGCGGUGAAGGAACGACGGACGACAAGUGCUUCCGCUUCGUCGAAGGCACUUUGCAUGCAGGAGAACCACAAAAGGCGCAACCGGGUUUUGCAUAGCAUGGGCUGUUCCAGUUCCAAGUCCACAGCCACCGUAGACGAUAUCAAAGCCAAGCCAAUUUCAGCCAAGUCAACGAAGAUGGCCGGCCAUAAGGAGUACCCUGCCUCGGAGGCCUUCACCAUACCCUUGGAUAAUGAAAACGAUAAUGCGGAGGUGCCUCUUAAUGAGACUCUAAGGCAGCCGCCGAAGAGGAUCCAGCAGUUGAUGCAGGAGGCGGCCAGUUGUGAACCACCCACCCUGGAGGAGCUGGAGGAUAAGCAGCAGAAGGCGGAGCAGAGGCGCCUGGAGCUGAUGCAGCAGAAGCUGGAGAUCAUACAGAAGAAUGCCCAGAUGAUGAUGCGGAGUCAUGAUCCAGAAGCUGCAACUGAAACAGGAGAUGGAGACGAGGUAGCUAAGGAAAACCCCGAGUAG